AUGAGCGAGAAGUUCAACGAGGAGCAGAUUAACGAGUACCGCGAGGCGUUCUCGCUUUUCGACCGCGACAACGACGGCAGCAUCACAGCCCAGGAGCUGGGCACCGUGAUGCGGUCUGUUGGCCAGAAGCCGACUGAGGCUGAGCUGCAGGACAUGAUCAACGAGGUCGACAAGGAUGGCAACGGCACUAUCGACUUUGCCGAGUUCCUCUCGCUCAUGGCGCGCCAGGCGACCAGCAGCAACGACGAGGAGGCUGAGAUCCGGGAGGCCUUCCGCGUGUUCGACAAGAACGGCGACGGUGUCAUCUCGGCGUCGGAGCUGCGUCACGUCAUGACUUCGCUGGGCGAGAAGCUGACCGACGAGGAGGUCGAGGAGAUGAUCCGCGAGGCUGACGUCGACGGCGAUGGCCAGAUUAACUACGAGGAGUUCUGCAAGAUGAUGAAGACCAAGUAA